UUCUCAGUCGCGUGAAGUUUGGCUGCGUUCACCACCGACUAGACCGAGACCCUAUUCAGAUUUCGUUACGGAGGCGAAACGAAAGUGCGGGACGGAAUAAUGCCGGGAGAGGGGACAGUGAGAGCGAGCGAGCGGCAGAGGCAAAGAUUUCGGCACACUGCGUGCAGGCUUCGGUGCCAGGUUCGACAUGCAGCGCGCUCACGCUGCACGCGGACGAGCGACGUCGUAAUGUCGCCGUUACAUUGCCGCUUGUAUCGAUUAGGCUGGAGCCAAGCCUGCAUUCCGAUCGGAGCCGUUACGCAACCCAAAACUCCGAGGAGGGCUGGCAAGAGGCCGCCACUGCGCCGACUGGGGCACCGUUGGUUGGCGGGGAAGGGACGCAGCAACGCGCCGCAGCGCACGGCGCGCGCAACGUGACUGUCCGCGAGGCCAUUCACGUGACGUCGCCGCCGUCCUCCAAUGGGGACCUACCUCGGCGACGGGUCACGUUGAAGACGUCGUGCUAUGCCGUUAGCGCGUCGUACGAUCGUUGUGUCGCUCUUCCGCCGUUCAGCCGCAGCAACAUGAUGUCGCCCGGCGCAGCGCCGCGUCACUGUUUCGUCGCGACCUCGAGCACCGGUUGAGCGCGUCUGCCUGCACGUCGCAACAGCAGCUGCACUGGGAUCUAGACCUCGGUUCAGACACCACAAGCCGGCCCAUGAGCAAGGGGACCAGCUGCCGGGAUCCAGCAAGGCGUCCGUCGUGAUGGCCGCCAUGUCGCAUGCUCCGGCGCCGCACCAUCAGCAACAGGUGACGUCCGUGGGCGGUGGCGGAAACAACGGCGACCGACACGUGGUGCACUGGUUCCGCAAGGGACUGCGGUUACACGACCAGCCCGCGCUCAGGAUGGGUCUUCAGGGGGCGCGCACGUGCCGGUGCGUGUACAUUCUGGAUCCGUGGUUCGCUGGAUCAUCCAACGCCGGCGUCAACAAGUGGAGGUUCCUCCUGCAGAGCCUCGAAGAUCUGGACGCACGGCUGCGGAAGCUCAACUCACGCCUGUUUGUUAUCCGCGGACAGCCGGCCGACGUGUUCCCCAAGCUGUUCAAGGAAUGGCGCGUCACUCACCUGACGUUCGAGCAAGAUCCGGAGCCGUACGGCGCGAUUCGCGACCAGAAGAUCACGGCGCUGGCACACGAGAUGGGCGUAAGCGUGGUGUGCGAACCGUCGCACACACUGUACCCGCUGGAACGCAUCCUGGAGCGGCACGGGGGCAAGACGCCGCUCACGUACCGCCAGUUCCAGGGCGUCGUGGUGGACAUGGAGCCGGGCGUCGUGGUGGACAUGGAGCCGCCGGCGCAGCCCCUGCCGGCGCCCGAGACCCUGCCACGGACGCCCAUCGACGAGGAUCACGACGAACGCUUCGCCGUGCCCACGCUCGCCGAGCUAGGUUUUGACAUGGACAAUCUCAAGGCAGCCGUGUGGCCCGGAGGUGAAACGGAAGCAUUAGCGCGGCUAGAGCGACACAUGGAACGCAAGGCGUGGGUGGCGAGCUUCGGCAGCCCAAGGAUGACUCCCAAAGCAUUGCUGGCCAGUCAGACAGGCCUGAGUCCGUACCUGAGGUUCGGCUGCCUGUCGGCCCGCCUCUUCUACCACCAGCUGGCGGACCUCUACCGAAAGAUAAGGAACUCGAACCCGCCGCUGUCGCUUCAGGGCCAGCUGCUGUGGCGCGAGUUCUUCUACUGCGCGGCCACGCGCAAUCCAAACUUCGACCGCAUGCACAACAACCCUAUGUGUGUGCAGAUACCCUGGGACGUCAAUGCCGAAGCACUCGCCAAGUGGGCCAACGGCCAGACAGGCUACCCGUGGAUCGACGCCAUCAUGCGACAGCUACGCGAAGAGGGCUGGAUCCACCACGUGGCGAGGCACGCAGUCGCCUGUUUCCUGACACGUGGCGACCUCUGGCUUUCCUGGGAGGAGGGCAUGAAGGUCUUCGAUGAGCUGCUCCUGGACGCUGACUGGAGUGUCAACGCGGGCUCCUGGAUGUGGCUCUCCUGCUCGUCCUUCUUCCAGCAGUUCUUCCACGUGUACUGCCCUGUGCGAUUCGGACGCAAGGCUGACCCUUCGGGAGACUACAUUCGGAAGUAUGUGCCAGUAUUGAAGCACUUCCCCAACAACUACAUCCACGAGCCUUGGACUGCACCGGAGUCGGUGCAGGUGGCCGCACGAUGCGUUGUGGGUCGUGACUACCCACUGCCCAUGGUCAACCACCAGGUCGCCUCGCACAUCAACCUGCAGCGUAUCCAACAGGUCUACCAGCAGCUCACGCAGUGUGUCAAAGCACCAGGCCUGUUCCCGAGCCUACCAUCAGCCUCCCCCACAGAGUGCAACAAGCAGAACAACCACUUUAUCAAUGACCGCAAGCUCAGGACCAAGAACUCCAGGGAAGAUGAAGAGGAAUCCAUGGAAGGUGUGGUCUAGAAGCUAAUUUCCUGGCACAGCACUGCUGGGACCCUGAACUUCUGACUCACCACACUGCUGCCAACUGGGCUUCAUAUGCAUGGGUCCAAACAUGUGCUGGCCCAAGCUCUCUACUUCGGACGUGUGAAUCACACCCGGAUUUGAUGCAAAGACUUUGUGUAGCAUAUUCUUUGUGACAAAAAACAGCCUUGCAAGGUAUCGAGAUGUUGUUACUUUGACUUCUUUCAAGGGAUAUGAGCACACCAAAUACUAGAUUUCGUAUCGAAUAUCAAGUAUAAGAAAAUUUAUCACAAUGUUUAUAGCUUACAAAUUUUGUGCAAGAAAAUACGGUGCUUCACGUGCUCAGCAGCCUAAUAGCAUUUUACAACAAGAAUGUUGCAAGCUAUCGGUAACUAAAGUAUCUAGCAAUCAAGAUGUACACUAUCGUCUGAUCUUAAAACCAAAUUAGUAUGCCAGCACUGAUUACAGCUGAGUUCUAUAUGAAGGUCUGGAAAAUAUUUUUUUUUCUUAAUAGAAAAUCCGUUGAAUAGAUUCAAGUACUCUUUGUUGUCUGAAGGUGAAAAGUAGUGAAGCUAUAUUGUACUGAAUACCUUGUGAAAUUUUCAGUUUCAUAGUGGACUUCUGUUUUAUGGAAAUUUCUUUAUUGCAUAGAAAGUAUUCUUUACCCAUUUUCCUCCAAUACAUGGACAGCUUUUCCUAGCUUUAAUGGCAGGUGGGUUUUGCGUGUUAUCAGCUUAUGAAGGUCAAUCUACAUGACACACGAAAAUGCACACCAUGUGACUUGAUCACUGCUUCACCCAUAGACAUCAUCGGAACUGCACAGGUCAACUGCGGUCGCACUGAUAGUGAAAAGCAAAGUGCCUUUUCAUUGCCGGGUUCAAUGUCGAUUGCCACCUGUCAAAGGCUCUGAAAUUGGGAGGGCCACGGCAAACUCGCGCAACCCAUUCAACCCAUUACACUUGUGCAUUCCAUGCGAUAUGAGUCUGUGCUACAUUUGCCAAAUAGUUGCACGGCAAUAUAUAUAGAAGGGAUAGGGCACUACUCAUGUACACUAUUGCCUACAACUUAAUCUGAAUAUAGUAUUUUAAAAAACCAUUGCAAUGUAUGCUGCCAGAACUCGAGCGAAUAAACUUGGUUUGAAAUUUAUAGCUCUAUAAAAUAUAAGUUGAUAACAUGCAAUGGUAACGCUCAUAUGGAACCACAUUUACCAUGCAACAAGCAACUUUGGUUGCUUUAUUAUGCUUUAUUUCAAUGGCAGUUGAUUCCAAUGGUCGACUUUUCAGGCAUCAACUUUAGUACUGUGUUUCAUUAUAUAAGUGAAUGCGAAUUCUGCGGGUUUUGUCUCAACGAGUAGAGUGUUCAGCACAAUGCAACUGCGACAUAGACUGAGUCCAGCAAGUUGAGCUGCGAUACCUCUUUUCACUCCUGGCGAACCGGUGUAGGGCUAGAAAGAAUACAAAGCAAUGACUAUGAAAGCUGACACUUUCUUCAAUACUGACCCUUUCUUCAAGUUUCUUCAAUACUUUAAGUGCAAGAAGCAUCAAUGUCUCAAAGCAAUAUACUGCUCUCAUUAUGAUUAAUAGAGUGCAGACUAGGUUUAUACAUUGAAAAAGCUGAAGACAACACUGUUCGAUGGAUGUGAUAUUACAUGUUCAAAAAUGAUAGACAAAGCUAAGGAGGCUGUGGAAAUUCUGGCUGGAUUUGUGGAACAUGACGACAAAUAACAAUCUGUGGACUAGUCUUGUUCUAGUUUAGUUAUAAACCGACGCGAUUUUGCUGGGCAUCUCAAAAGAAAAAUGUGAAUAGCUGCUUACUAGUCCAGUGACACAAAACACACUGCGCAACAAAAGCUACGCAUGCACAAUAAUGAUGAGCGUGCUACCAAACAGUUGAAAGCACCAGCUGAAAAUUUGGUUUCUAGCUUGAAGUGUGCAGAACAC